AUGGUGUUUAUAUUUCAGUGUUUCUCCAACCAGACGAAUGUACAGUUCAAGGCCAAGUUCAAAUUUACGCUCCAUGGAUAUUUUGAGUAUAUACGGCGGGAUCUCCUUAUUAGUCAUGUGCAUCCGUCGGAUGAACUACAAUUGGUGCUUAAUAUGACGGUUACAUUCGAUACGGUGACAAGAACUAGUCAAGCGCCGAAAACCCUCGGCCCACCUGAACCUAAACCAGCAGAGGUAACAAAGGAUCUCGAAUCAAUAUUCAAGGACGCCAAAUUGUCCGAUUUCACCAUUGUCGUAGGCGAUAAAGAAAUCCCAGUUCAUAAGGUAGUUUUAUCAGCACGAUCUCCCGUCUUUGCGGCCAUGUUAGAGCCGCAUACGGAAGAAGCAAAAACAAAUCGGGUUGUACUUGAAGAUAUAGAUUACGAGACGGACACUUGGGCAGAACUCUCGGAAUCGAUGUUUGCCUCGCGUCACAAGAAUUGCGCACAUAUUGCUAGUAACGGAAGCCGUGUAUAG